ACAACUUGUUUUAAUAUAAGUCAAUAAAGAGGGUAAGUAAGUAAAGUACUGUUCUCACUAACACAAGAGUAUUUUUAGCCUACCUUAUAGCUUAUAAAUACCAACCAAAAUGUGCCUAUUUCUUCAGCAAAACUAACUAAGAAAAAUACCACUCAAACCCAUACAUUCUCUCAAUAAAUUAAUUUCCCCUUUGUUCAUUAAUCAAACACAACAACAUGGGUGUUUUCACUUACGAAUCAGAGUUCACUUCCUCAAUUGCUCCAGCUAGGCUUUUCAAGGCCUUUGUCCUUGAUGGAGACAAUCUCGUCCCGAAAAUCGCUCCUCAAGCAGUUGAAAAGGUUGAAAUUCUUGAAGGAAAUGGUGGAGUUGGAACAAUCAAGAAGAUCACUUUCGGCCAAGGGGUUCCAUUCAAGUAUGUUAAGCACAAGAUCGAGGCGAUCGACAAGGAGAGCCUAACAUACUCUUACAGCAUAAUUGAAGGAGAUGCUUUGGAAGGAAAUCAGCUUGAGAAAAUAACACAUGAAUCAAAAUUGGUUGCUUCGGGUGAUGGAGGCAACGUAAUUAAGACUGUUAGCAAGUACUACAGUGCUGGUGAUGCUCAGGUGAAUGAAGAGAAAGUUAAGGAAGGUGAGAAACAAGCCACUCAAAUGCUCAAGACUGUUGAAGCUUACCUCAAGGACCACCCUGAAGCUUACAACUAAAUUUAUUAUAUGAUAAUAAUAAACACUUUUAAUACUAUUAUUAUUAUUAUAUAAAUGGUUAUGAAGGUGUGUGGGUGUGGCUUGGCUUGGCUUUUUAUUUUUCUUUAUAUGCCAAUAAGAGUGUGAGAGUUGUGAGAUUCUGUAAUGUUUUGUGAACAUGAUAUUGCUCUACAUCUUAAUUUUCCUAUCAUAUAAUAUAUGAAUAAUAUCAAAAAUAUUGCUUACCAUUAUUAA